AUGGUCUGGUUUGCCUGUUGCAAGUGCAACUGCGAUCUGCGCUGGCCAUCUGCGCGAGCAGACCAUUGCCAUCGCGUCUUCCACGAAACGAAUGCCGCUCGAGCUAGCGCCGCGCCGCCGCAUGCCAAGCUAGCUGCCGGCGGACAGAAUGGCGAAAGAAAUAAGAGCAUAUCAAUCCAAAUGGACAGUUCGCCGCACUCAUCGUCCAUCGUCACAAAACGUCCGGUCAAGAUAGUGGCGCUAGUGUCACUCCUGACAUUGCAAGCGUCCGCCACCAAUGAAAAGAAGUCCGAGAAACGACCUACUAAGAAAGCUUCCUCAGCUAAGCCCACCAAGACACCGAAAUCCAUCGUCGAAGAAUUUACCGGACUACCACCGGAGGAUGUCGACUUCAUCAAGGAACUGGACCGGCAAUUCACUGAACAUGGCAAUAAGAUUCGCAUUAAGGUCCAACGGGAAAACAGUACUGGCACAAAAAGUAGCAAACGAACCAUCGACGGUGACCUGGGGUAUGGUCACUACAGUAAUCAACCUGAAGGAGGAUAUCAUUUUUCCAAACCGAAAUAUAUGUUAUAUCCUUACGCUCAGCAUAAUGUACCUGUAAAAGCAACUCAUACUAACGACGAAACAGUAACGGAACUAGAAAUCCAGCCCUCGCAUAGUUACGAACUAAAACCAAUUGAAGAAGUGUACCAAAUUUAUCCAACUGGUGCGUACCAACAAGCUUCACGAGAGCAAUACUAUCAUGAACAGCAGCAUCAUCAUUAUCAACAACAAGAUGAUAAUCCGGUAAUCGUUUUAAAAAUUCCUGGACCAGCGAAAUACGCACAACAUCUGCAAGCUCUGCUGCAACAAUAUCUGGAAAUCCGGGCUGCUCAAUUGUACAAAGAAAUCCAAGAACAAGAAUAUCACCAUCAACAGCAAGCCAUUCAACUACAACAGCAACAAUUGAUCCAACAGCAACAGCAGCACUACCACCAUCAACCACAACAGCAAUAUCACCACCAACAGCAUCAACAUCAUGCGCAACAUGAAACCGUCAAAUACAGUCAACCUGACCCAUAUCAGCAACCACAGGAAGUAUACGUACCAGCGUAUAAACCGACGUCCUACCCUCAAAGUCAUUAUUAUGAAUCCCAUAAAAAGCGACCAACGCAACCAACUUACCAUAAGCCAACCCCGACUCACAUCGUUUACCAAGCCUCGACACAACCUGAUCACCAAGCCUACCAGUACGAAACAUACCACCAACAGCACGAAACUCCCCAGCACCAAGUCCAAAUACAAUACCAAUAUGUCCACCAACAAGCGGCUGCUGCUCCCGAAGAGCAUCAAGAAUACGUUUACCCAAAACCUGGAGUAAACUUCGUCACUCCCGUUCCGGAUCAGGAAGAGCACCACGAGCACCAUUAUCAACCACCAGCCAAGUACCAAAACUUCGCUCAAUAUCACGCACAUCAUCAACCGGAGCAUCAUGACACGGAAGAAUAUCUUCCCGAACCGAAACUGGUGGAGAAUUAUCCCAGCGAUAAGCACACUAGAGUCGUGUACAAAUCUCAAGCUUUGAAAGCCCAACUACAGCAGGAAGUUUCGCACGACCAAGAAGAUUACGUUCUCCAUCAACACCAUCAGUCUGAACACGGAGAAGGCCAAGAACAGCAACAAUACAUUUACCAGACAGUUUACUCCGGACAAGCCAUGGAAGAUAAAUCGUUCGUCGAACCGGUUACCCCCGAGGCCAUCAAUGAUCUUCACGGCCAAGGCUCGUCACCUGCACCGGAAAUAGAACCUCGCUUCAAUACCGAGACUGUAGUGUCGAUAACCCAGAAACCGAAACGUAUUUACAAUUACCAUGCCAACUCAGUGCGUUCCCAUCGGCGGGCUGCUGCCAGCAAUAAGAAUGAAAGCGGCAGUCGUAGCGACACAGAUGCUAACGAAGAUGCUAAGAGCAAUAGCUCAAAGUCCUCCAACAAGCGAGAUGCUCCCUACACUGAGGAGCAGUUCAAAAAGAUCAACAAAAUGGUGCACCGAAUUAAGAAGAAAAGCCAAAGCAUAUCAACAACAGCACGAAGUGUGGUGAGCACGACAAAAAGAACCGGUAGCACUUGA